CAAAUUUCUUGGGUUUAUGGGGAAGUAACCAUGGGUUUGGAUGAAAUAUAUUUGUCAGUAAAUCAUUUUUAUCUGGUUUGUUUGUGAUUUCAUACGGAUUAUCCAGAUAAAACCCUAGCAACCUCUUUCAGAUACUUAUUACUUUUGUUUACACGUGUCCCAACGUUUUUUGGCUCCAAAUAAAGAUGCAAGUUUUCUGUUAAGUGUUAUAUAUCUUCUUCAUCUUCUAACUGUUUGAAGAAAAACUACAAUAUUUGUGUUACAGAGACGUUGAUCUGUUCAUCUGACGAUAUCAGCCGACAACCAACAUGGAUUUGAAGCCUCUUCCUUUUGCACUGUUCAUCUGACGAUAUCAGCCGACAACCAACAUGGAUUUGAAGCCUCUUCCUUUUGCACUGGAUGCCCUUGAGCCACAUAUGAGCAAAGAGACAUUAGAGUAUCAUUGGGGAAAGCACCACAGAUCUUAUGUGAACAACCUAAACAAGCAAAUAGAAGGAACUGAACUGAAUAAAAUGACAUUAGAAAGCAUAAUUUUGACUUCAUACAACAAAGACAAAGAGGAGGAGAAGAAGCUUGUUGUCGUGAAUAGCCCAAAUGCAAUUAAUCCUCUUGUUUUGGACUACCAUCCUCUUCUCACCAUUGAUGUUUGGGAGCAUGCAUACUACCUCGACUUUCAGAACCGCAGGCCUGAUUAUGUAUCGGUGUUCUUGGAUAAGCUUGUGUCUUGGGAAGCAGUGAGUUUGAGGCUUGAAGCAGCCAAAAUUUUAAUGAUAGGGAAGAAAAAAGGAGUUGAAAGCAAUUGAAAUGGAGGCUAUUGAGCUAAUGGAGCUUUUGAACAAUAAAUUAGUGUCACCAUAUUUGUAUCUGUAUGGUUAUUUAACUUUUGUUAAAGUUGGAUUAUGGUAUGAUAUCAUAUUUAUCGAGGAUUACAACUUACAAGUUUGAAAAAGUUAUCGAACAAUUCAAAUCAAUGUGAC